AAUAAAAAACGAGUUGUAAAGUAAUAGUUUUAUGUCUUCUUUUUGAGUAAACGAGGUUAUUAUCAUCUUCGUUGGGAGUAAAUCCUUAUUAUAAAACUUGAUUUUUGUUAGUUACUUGCCUACUUUUACAUUAGUAAUUCGUGUUCAGUGUUAUAGAAAUUUUAAAACGAUAUAUUAGUGACGUUUUAACUGAGCAUUAGCUGGUUCAAACACCUUAUGUACAGUGAGAUAUAUAGACGCUUUAUUUGUAUAGUUCUUGAUAUAAUCACAAAAUGAUCAUGUAAACAUUAAUAAAUCUGCGAAGCACAUCUUGGAAUUUUUGAAGCUGAUAGAAAUAAUGGGGACACCAGACUCAGAUUCCGUCACUGAUAAGUCUGAUGAAAUGAUAAAAGAAAAUGAUUCUGGUGCUACGGUUGAGGAUUCAUCAAAAAAUGAUGCUGAAGAUGAUAAAAAGAAGAAAAAGAAGAAACACAAACAUCAUAGUAAACACAAAAAACAUUCAAGCGAAAGGAAGAAACACAAAAAACAUAAGAACAAGAAAGAAUCUGAAAAUGGAGACUUGAAGGAAAAUAAAAAAAAUAAGAAAACUAAAGAAAAGUUGUCAGUUAUAAUUUCUGAAGGAAGUAAUAAAAGAGAAGUUAAAGGAGAAGGGAAAGGCGGUAAAUUGGCUUUGACUAAUGGCAGUAAAGCAAAUAAUAAAGUAGUUGAUUCGGAUGGUGACAUCCCUACAGGUCCUCUCGAGGAGGAGAUGAACUUGGACGAGUUGAUGCGGCAAAAGGCACUUCUGCAAGCGUGUUUGGGAGCCUACAUGUCUGAAACAGAAAGCUCAAAGGAAGAAGAGCCUGAGGUCAUUAACUUGGUGGAUGAUGAUGAGUCAGAUGAUGGUCGUCCACGAAGAUCCAAGAAAAGAGGGCAUUCUAGAAGUACGAGUAGAGAAAGAAAGGUCAGAAGAAGUGAUAGUAAAAAAGAUGCAAAAGACAGGUCACAUAGAGAUUUUACAGAUAAAGAUAGAAAAUCAAAAGAGGAUGUCCGUAGAAGAGAGGAAGAGGAAUAUCGGAAAAGGGAAGCCAGAAGAAAAGAAGAUCAACGACGUAAAGAGGAAGAACUCAAAAGAAGAGAUGAGGAAAGAAGAAAAGAAGAGAUUAGAAGGAGGGAAGAGGACAUUAGACGAAGAGAAGAAGAGUACAAAAGAAGAGACGACGAAAGGAGAAGGGAAGAAGAAAGGAGGAGAGACGAUGACACCAGGAGACGAGAAGAGGACUUGCGAAGACGAGAGGAUGAUCUGAGGAGACGAGAUGAUGAUAUUCGUCGCAGAUCGAGGCGCAGCAGAUCACCCACAGGUAAAGACAGCUAUGCUGAUAGAAGAGACAGAGAAAAUGAUAGAGACAGAAGGGACAGAGACAGAGAUAGAGAAAGAGACAGAGACAGGAGGAGAAGGUCCGAUAGCAGGGAAAAAUAUCAUUCAAGGUCACACAAGUCUAGAGGUGAUAAAGCAGACAAGUACAAAGACAGUUUAUCAGAGGGUCUUAAAGUGGAUAAUUCAUCAUCCUCAGAUGAACUUGAGGAUAUAAACAUCGUGGAGGAGGAGGAUGAGGAACAGAUAAUUGAGAAAAGAAGAAAACAAAGAGAGGAACUUCUCAAGAGGCUCGGAGUAAGCGAGGACUCAAACCUAACUAACAGUCCUGCAGCCCCGGAGCCUGCCCAGGGGGAGACUGAACCUGCCUCUGCUCCCACUCCUAAACCCAAGCGUAAGUCAAGAUUCGAACCUGAGCCCACGCCCACACAGAAGCAAGAAAACAAGAACACACAGCGAAAGGACGGCAAAUGGGACAUGUUUGCUGAAGCAGAUAACUUUGGCGGCCAGUACAAUAGUCCAAGCAUGGUGACAAAAGGGGGGCUGUUGCCUGAGAAUCCGAGUCUCACAGACAACUGGGACGAUGCUGAGGGCUAUUACAGGGUGAGGAUCGGUGAGACCAUGGACAACCGCUAUGUGGUGUACGGCUACACUGGCCAGGGGGUGUUCUCCAACGUCAUCCGAGCGAGGGACGGAGCAAGGGGCAAUCAGGACGUGGCAAUCAAAAUCAUCAGGAAUAAUGAAAUCAUGCACAAAACAGGUUUGAAAGAACUGGAUAUUCUGAAGAGGUUGAAUGACACGGAUCCUGACGACAGAUUUCACUGUCUUCGGCUCUUUAGACAUUUCUUCCACAAGCAGCAUUUGUGCAUGGUGUUCGAGCCCCUCAGCAUGAAUUUAAGAGAGGUUUUGAAAAAGUAUGGAAAAGAUGUUGGGCUUCACAUCAAAGCUGUCCGCUCAUAUAGUCAGCAGUUAUUUUUGGCUCUCAAACUUCUGAAAAAAGCCAACAUAUUACAUGCUGAUAUCAAACCUGAUAAUAUUUUGGUAAAUGAAAACAAACUUGUGCUAAAAUUAUGUGACUUUGGGUCGGCUUCACAUGUGGCUGAGAAUGAAAUCACACCUUAUCUUGUCAGUCGGUUCUACAGAGCUCCUGAAGUCAUUUUAGGAAUUCCUUACGACUUUGGAGUAGAUAUGUGGUCAGCUGGGUGCACCAUAUUUGAACUUUACACUGGAAAAAUCAUGUUCUCUGGAAAGUCUAAUAAUCAAAUGCUGAAAUUCUUUAUGGACUUCAAGGGGAAAAUGCCAAAUAAAAUAAUAAGGAAAGGUGCUUUCAAAGAUCAACAUUUUGACCACAACUGCAAUUUCUUAUACCAUGAAGUUGACAAGGUCACAGAAAGGGAGAAAGUGGUGACGAUGUCGACUAUCAACAUAACCAGAGAUCUGCAGUCUGAACUGGUUGGCAACCAGCACCUGCCCGAUGAUCAAGCCAGGAAAGUCAACCAGCUCAAGGACCUACUGGAGAAAAUUCUGAUGCUGGACUCGACCAAGCGAAUCCCCAUCAACCAGGCACUGACUCACCCAUUCAUCCAAGAGAAGAUAUAGUGCCUGCAGAGGUAACCCUUGUGUGGACAAAGUUUAUUUCGGUUUUGUCUCGUUUAAUGAAAAUUUUAGGCCCUCGAUAGUUUGCAAUCUGUACAUAAAUGAUAUCAAUUUGGGUGUAGUGAUAGGUAGAUGCAUAAUUAAUAAUGUAAAAAAUGUAAGGCCACUUUGUAUUAUUGUUUCUUUAUUUCGAGGAUGCAUUUUAUAAAUGAAGAUAUUACUAAAACUGUUAUUAUUGUUUUCGUAACAAUUUUACUAUUAAUAUUGUAUUAUUUACAACCACUGAAUGUUUAUAAGGAGGUGUUUUGUUAAUAACAGCUAUAGUUUUAUGUGAGUGUCUUGUUUUUUAGGAAAAUGAAGUUAUUUUAGUAUACAAAAAUCAAUAAUACAGUACAUAGUUGUAUGGAUCAAGCCUCUUCACAGAAAUCAAUAGGAUUACUUGAUUAUUGUGAAAAAAAGAAAAUGUAUGUGCUUUGUAAAUAAAUGGUUUUUGAAAUCAUGCUAAUGGA